AAAGUGUAGGAAUUAACAAGGUCGUCGGAGAGAAGUGGUGGGUGCAAAGGUAAGGUAAGGAUCUCGAGAUCGAGAGAGAGAGAGAAAGGUUGAGGUUGAGGAUGUGGGUGUUCUAUCUGAUCUCGCUUCCGGUAACCCUGGGCAUGGUUGUGCUGACCCUCAACUACUUCGCCGGUCCUGACCUUCCCAGAUACGUCUUGUUCACCGUCGGCUACACCUGGUUCUGCUCCCUCUCCAUCAUCAUCCUCGUUCCUGCCGACAUCUCUUCUACGAUUAUAGGUCAAGACAAUGGAGGAAUCUCUUUCUUUUGGAGCUGGUCAUAUUGGAGCACUUUCUUGCUUACUUGGCUAGUUGUUCCUCUGAUUCAGGGAUACGAAGACGCUGGAGAUUUUUCUGUUGGAGAGAGAUUGAAGACUAGCAUCCAUGUCAACUUAGUUUUCUAUCUAAUAUUGGGCUUGAUUGGACUUGCUGGACUUCUUUUGCUCAUAAUGAUGCAAAAAGAUUGGAGUGGAGGUGUAGUGGGUCUAGCCAUGGCUUGCUCAAAUACUUUUGGACUUGUGACUGGUGUAUUUCUUCUCGGUUUUGGCUUAAGUGAGAUUCCAAAAUCAAUUUGGAGGAAUACCGACUGGACCACUCGCCAAAAGCUUCUUUCACAUAAAAUUGCCAAAAUGGCCGUGAAGCUUGACAAGGCUCAUCAGGAGUUAUCAAAUGUCAUAGUUGUGGCCGAGGAAACAUCCAAACAAAUGUCCAAUCGUGAUCCGUUUAGGCCCUACAUGAAUAUUAUUGAUGAUAUGAUAAAUCAAAUGUUGCAUGAAGAUCCAUCCUUCAAACCGCAAGGAGGUCGUUUAGGUGAAAAUGACAUGAAUUAUGAUGCAGAUGAAAAAUCUAUGGCAACACUAAGGCGCCGAUUAAGAGGAGCUCGUGAGGAAUACUACAGAUACAAAAGCGAGUAUUUGACACAUGUCAUGGAAGCCCUCAAAUUAGAAGAAACAAUAAAGAAUUAUGAACAACGCAAUGAGAAUGGGUGGAAAUUUGUUUCAAGCUUGAGACCUGAGAGGGAUGGUACCUUAGGAAGCUAUCUUGAUACAAUGGAAGUAAUAUGGCGAUGCAUUGUGUGGAGGCAACUUAAUAGACUCUUUGCCAUCGUCCUCGGUUGUAUGUCAGCUGCUAUUCUUUUGGCAGAGGCGACUCUCUUGCCCAGUGGUGUCGAUUUGUCUGUCUUCUCUAUUUUAAUAAACUCUCUCGCAACACAGGAGAUGCUUGUCCAGGUUGCUGCAUUUGUUCCUCUUUUUUACAUGUGCAUUUGCUCAUACUACUCUUUGUUCAAAGUUGGUAUGCUCACCUUCUAUUCAUUUACACCAAGGCACACCAGCUCCGUGAGCUUGCUCAUGAUAUGCUCAAUGGUUGCACGCUAUGCUCCUCCAGUUUCCUUCAAUUUUCUCAAUCUCAUUAGUCUAGAUGGGGGGAAGAAGACUAUUUUUGAAAAGCGGAUGGGAAAUAUCGACAAUGCUGUCCCUUUCUUCGGGGAAGGAUUCAACAAAAUCUAUCCAAUCAUUAUGGUUGUAUAUACUCUCCUAGUUGCAACCGGUUUCUUUCACAGGAUAAUUAAAGUUAGUGGAGGUUGGAAGAGAAUUGUGUUUCAAAAUGAAGCAGAUGAUCUUGACGGUGUUGAUCCAACAGGGCUACUUAUUCUGAAGAAAGAGCGCGCUUGGCUUGAACAAGGGCACAGCCUUGGUGAAGAAGUUGUUCCAUUGUCAACAAAAUUUAAUGAUUCAGGCAUUGACAUAGAGUCGCGAAACCCAACGAGCAGCCGAAGAGACAAUGGUCGGAGAUAUAGUAGGAGCAGUGAAGCUAUCAGUAGCAAAUAUGCUGCCAUUAGGGGUUCGAAUACAAACAUUGCUGCAGCUAAAGUCUCGUUGCUUGAUUCUGACGACUCUAGCACCGCCACUGAUGGACCAUUAUCAUCCUCAACCUGGUUAUCACUCAAGUCAGGGCUUCAUAAUUUGAAGGCAAGCAUACUAUCCAAGAACAAUGAUUCCCUGGACGAAAUUUUCCACAAAUUGAGAGAUGAAGAUGAACUUGAUGAGUUGUAAUUAGAUGUACAGCCAGGCAAUACUUGUAGUACUUGUUUAAAUGCUUAACCAAAAAAGUUCCUUUUCUGCUGUGAAUUGUGAUUCUAGAAGUGGAGAAUCUCAUUUAAGCUUGA